CUCGGUGUUUGUGUGAAAUCCGUCCGGCUUGAACCAGGAACUUUUUGUCGCGAGACGGUGUUGUUUCCAGCCGGACGAUGAUCCGUGACGGAACCCAAACAGCCACGUAGCUGGAGCAGGGAGGAGAGCGUCGGAACGCCUCGACAGGUGACGAGUGAGACAUGCAGUGAGACAGGAGAGAGAGACAGACAGUGGAGACGUCGAGCCUGUUCAUGGAUGUCGGAGCAGAACCGUACAAACUCGUACAAAGAUGGAGAACGGAAACACAGACGCAGCAUCAGCGGAGAUCAACACCAUCAGCACCAUCAACACCACACGGGCGGGAGGAGACGGCGAGACGAGCGCGGUGAAGUCAGGAGAAGAACCGCACGCUGAGGAGAGCAUCCCAAACGGUCACGUUGGAGUCGAGCCGAUGGAGAACGGAGAGGUUCAGGGAGAGACAGGAAGCAGCAGCUCGUCUCGCGUGUCACUUCCUGCCUCACUUCCCGUGUCACUUCCUGGUGCAGGUGUGGCUUGUUUCCCUGACAGCGUAGAGAAGCCUGAGGGCGCGGCACUGCAGUCGCUCAGACUAAGUAUCCCAAUGCAGGAGACGGAACUGUCGAGCGAGCCGUCUCUGGAGAUGGAGAACGAGGAGAAGAUCCGCCUGGAGGCUCGGCGGCGUCUGGAGGAGCAGCUAAAGCAAUACCGCGUUCAGAGACACCGGGAGAGAUCGCAUCAUCGUUCGUCCCCUAAGUCUCGUCCCUGCAGUACCCUCGACCCGGAGCUCAUGCUGCACCCGGAAAUCUUGCCCCGCGCCUCCGCCGUCGCCAUGACGACAGAGUACUCGUUCCUGCGCACCAGCGUUCCCCGCGGACCCAAACUGGGCAGCCUGGGCAUCCCGGCUCCCAAAGACAGGAAGUCCAAAUCGUCACGAUCCGGAAAGAUCCACUCGCUCGCCGACUACAAAACCCCGGACACCGCCGGCGAGAAACCGUCAGCGUCCUCCGUCUCCGUCUCAGCGGUUACUGAGAUGAACACGAGCUCCGUCUCUACGCUGUCCGAGAUCAGCACGAGCUCCGUCUCCACGCUGUCCGAGAUCAGCACGAGCUCCGUCUCCACGCUGUCGGAAACCAGCGUCCUCGGCUCCGAAAACGGCGGGAGCGACGGGAACAAUGGAGCGAUAGAGCUCGCGUUAGCAGCUAGCAGGUCUACGGCGGGGAAGGAGGAAGAGGAAAUGGUCGUGGGGCGGUACCCCUCGCUGAGGGAGGUGCUACAAGCAGCCAAUGAGGAGCUGGAGCUGGAGAAGGAAGGCGGGGCCAACGAGGAGCUGGAGAGCGAGGGCGGGGCCGAGUCGCGCAGCCGCAGGGACAGCUUCUCCAGCACUGUGUCGUACGGGAGCUCAGUGAUGGGGAAUCACGAUGAGCUGCUGCAGGUGUUGAAGGAGAAGAUGAGGCUGGAGGGACAGCUGGAGUCUCUGUCCUCUGAAGCCAGUCAGGCUCUGAAGGAGAAGACGGAGCUGCAGGCGGAGUUAGCGGCGCUGGACGCUCGUCUGCGAGCUCAGUGUGAGGAGACGCGUCUGAGCUCGGAGCGUCAGGCGUCCCUGGCGUCGGAGGUGUCGUCGCUGCGCUCGGAGAGGGGCGGGCUGGAGCGAGCCAUGGCGGAGCUGCAGGGUCAGCUGGAGGAGAAGAACGCCGGCCUGGAGUCGCUCUCCAAAGACCUGCAGCUCGCCGAGCAGCAGUACCAGAGACUCAUGGGGAGGGUGGAGGACAUGCAGCAGAGCCUGAGCUCCAGAGACACCACGGUGAGUGAGUUGCGCCAGCAGCUGACCGGUCUACACGCACAGCUGCAGCAGGUGGAGGCUGAACGCGGUGCUCUGAACUCUCGGCUGCAGACGUCGCAGGCGGAGGUGCAGUCGCUGAAGCAGCUGCGCAGUUGGUACCAGCAGCAGCUCGCCGUCGCACAGGAAGCCCGAGUCCGGCUGCAGAGUCAGAUGGCCAACAUGCAGGCGGGUCACAUGACUCAGAUCGGCGUGCUGGAGAACCUGAAGAUCGAGAACGUCAGUCUGUCUCACCAGCUGACCGAGACCAAACACCGCUCCAUUAAAGAGAAGGAGCGCAUCGCCGUCCAGCUGCAGAGCAUCGAGGCGGACAUGUUGACGCAGGAAGCAGCCAUCCAGCAGAUCCAGGACGCAAAGUCGAUGGUGGAGAACGACCUGCAGCAUAAACUGGAGGAGUUUGAGGAGGAGCGAGAGCAGCUGCUGAGAGCGGCCAAUAAAUCUGCAGCACUCGAGAGGGAGCUAGAAGAGGUGAGAGUGUCUCUGUCCCAGAAGGAAGCUCAGCUCUCAGCGUUCCAGCGUGAGCACGUGGAUCUGAUGAAGAAGCUGACAGAGACUCAGGACGCUCUGCAGAGUAAAGAGCAGGCGCUGCAGCUGAUGGAGGCGCGCUACGAGCAGCUGCAGGCCGAGCUGGGCGAGCUGCAGGCCGACUCCUCCGCCCGUGACGAAGAGCUGCACUUCCUGCGCAACGAAAAGAUCGUCCUAGAGGUGGCGCUGCAGGCGGCGCGCGCCGAGAAGAGCCAGCUGGGCGACGGGGCCGAGAAACUCGGACAGGAAGUGCUGGACUCGUCUGAUGCACUCGAGCAGCUCAGACAGGAAGUGCAAGUCCAGGCCACACAGAUCGAGUCGUUACAGCAGGAGAACGUCUCUCUGAAGAAACAAGCACAGAAGCUGAAGGAGCAGUUCAACCAGCAGAAGGUGAUGGUGGAGGCGUACAGGCGAGACGCGGCCUCUAAGGAGCAGCUGAUCUCGGAGCUGAAGGCAACGAAGAAGCGUCUGCUGUCGGAGGUGAAGGAGCUGAAGGAGGAGGUGCAGCGGGUGGAGCAGGAGAAGAGGAGCGCCGAGCUGGAGCAGCAGCGCCUCCUGCAGGAGGUUCAGAGAGUGCAGCAGCAGAUGAGCAGCCUGGAGGAACAUCUGCAGGAGGUGCAGAGCGAGAGAGACCGGCUCGACACGCAGCUGCAGUCUGUACAGUUUGACCAGAACCAGCUCUCUGCAGUCACACAGGAGAACGAGGUCCUGAGGAAGAAGGUGGAGGAGAUGCAGGACGAGGCCAAGAAGGCGAUUUCGGAGCAGAAGGUGAGGAUGAAGAGGUUGGGAACGGACUUGACGAGCGCGCAGAAGGAGCUCAAGGCGAAACACAAGGCGUACGAGAACGCCGUGAGCAUCCUGAGCCGCCGCCUACAGGAAGCGCUGGUGGAGAAGGAGGCGGCCGAGGCGGAGCUAGUGAAACUCCGAGCGCAGGUGGACGAGGGCGGGAACAGCCAGGCUCUGCAGGCGAAGGUGGAGUCCCUGCAGGCGGAGCUGAACACCGUGCUCCAGAGUAAAGCCCUGCUGGAGAAGGAGCUGCAGGAAGUCAUCAGUCUGACCAGCGCCGAGCUCGAGGAGUAUCAGGAGAAGGUGCUGGAGCUGGAGGACGAGCUGCAGGAGUCGCGCGGCUUUAAGAAGCGAAUCCGCCGCUUAGAGGACGCGAACAAGAAGCUAGCGCUGGAGCUCGAGCACGAGAAAGGGAAGCUGACCGGACUCGGGCAAUCCCACAAUGCACUGCGGGAGCACGCUAACGUCCUCGAGGCUGCGCUAGCCAAGAGAGAAGCUGACCUGGUCCAACUCAACCUGCAGGUUCAAGCCGUGCUGAAGAGGAAGGAGGAGGAAGACCAGCAGAUGAGGAACCUGGUCCAGACUCUGCAGGCCGCUCUCGAAAAGGAGAAGAUCAAAGUGAAGGAGCUGAGCGAACAGGUGGCCGAGGCGAGGCUGGAGGCGGCUCAUAACCGCAGGCAUUACCGAGCGGCCGUGCUGGAGCUCAGCGAGAUCAGGAAGGAGCUUCAGGCCAAAGAGGAGCUGCUGAGAACCCUGCAGGAGGAGGCCAGGAGACUCGAAGCUCAGGACGCUCAGCGCUCUCAGGACGUGUCCCGCUUCGAGGCCGAGCUGGCCGAGGCACACGCACAGCUGCAGAUCUUACAGAAACAGCUGGACAGCGAGCUCAACAAGCAACCGCUCACUAACCAGGAGGUGGAGGAUCUGAAGUGGGAGGUGGAGCAGAAGCAGCGGGAGCUUGACGCACAGCGCCACCAGCUGGAACUCUCUGAGAAGUGCAACCAGAGAGAGCUGGACACUGUGCAGGAAACACUGCAGAGGGUGCGGGUGGAGCUGGAGAUGGUGCAGGAGGAGCUGAACAGCACCAGGAAGGAUAAGUUUGUGCUGCAGGCGAAGGUGGGCGAGCUGAGGAACAGCAUGAAGAGCCUGCUGCAGCAGAACACACAGCUCAAACAGGAGCUCAAACACACACGCACACACAAGCAGCGGAUGGAGGUGAAGUGUGACUCCGCCCCUUUGACUCCGGUGAAGAUUCCGGAUUGUCCGGUUCCUGCGUCGCUAUUGGACGAGCUGCUGAAGCCGGCCGCCUCCGUCAACAAGGAGCCGCUCAACAACCUGCACAACUGCUUACGACAGCUCAAGGAGGAGAUGGACAGUCUUCAGAAGCAGAUGGAGGAGCACACGGUCACCGUGGCGACGUGGGUCACGGCAGAGGAGGAGCUUCAGAGACUCGGUAUCCACGACAACGGAAGCUCGUCCAAUAAGGAAGAGGAAACGCAGCCCGAAGAGACGGCGUCUUCGUAAAACGUCUCGUCUGUCAGAGAGAGGACACGUUUUAUCCUGACGCGCACUUUUUAAAGACCUGUUUUAUUUUCGUUUAUCAGACGCCUAUAUUUGGUCGUGCCCCAUUUUUGUUGGACCUAAUGCUUUAUUCAUUUGUCUUUUGUGUUUUUCUUUUAUUUUGUCUUUUAUUUAUCUGGUGGAAAGUUGGAGAACUGUUGCUAGAAUUCACCAAAAAUCACGCAGGGUCACGUGACGAAUACACAAAAUAACGACGCGUUCAACACGCGAGCGCGUCAGAAUUAGUUAGUGAUCCGUUUGGGAGUAGGCUGCCUACGCAGGGCACCUGGAGUCUCCCCGGGUUCUGUGCUUUGGACCUGCUCGGGUAUGACGUAAUAAUAUCGUGAACCGUGAUGAUAAGAUAACGUGACUAUUGGACCCCCGUAGUCCGGUUCUGAUCCAAUAGAAUUCACUGGGAAGUAGGACGUUUUUAUUGUACUGUUAAUACAAAACUAAUAUCAGAGAUUUCCACACCUGUUCAUCUGUCGAGUCCGAAUCAGAGCCAAAUUGAUUCUUUUGAAUCGUUUGCUGUGUAGUGGUUCAGGUUCACACUGCACAUAUUUACAUAUCCAAAUUAAAUACAAACCAAAAAGAAAAAAAAAAACAUCUGAGGUGUGUCUAAGUAAGUGAUUUUUUAAAAUUUCCUCCUGGAGUUUGUGUCCCGUGGCUCAGUUUAGCAGCUCGUCAGAAUCUCGAUUCAGUUCCUGCAGUGAGUCGAUUCAGAGUCGACUCACUGGAGUUCACCUGGAAAGGGCCCGAGACGGUCAGGCGUAACAUGGUGGCUCGGUCCGGCUGGAGGCUCGCUCAGUAAACGCCACCUUGGCCAGUAAGAUAAGUGCGGAGGGCGAGCGGCAGCGCUGUGACGUGCGCGAUGUGUAACAGGUUAUCGACACGUGACUGUCGCUGAGAUUUCACCGCCGUGUUGGUGUUCAGACUCUCAGAGCGUUCGCGUGGAUCAGGAGUUAAAGGGCUGUAAAUCGCCGAACAAUGCGUAAGAGCACCGGUUCCAGAAAGAUUCCAUGUAUCCAUGACGACGGGAGCUCGGCGUGGAAACUCGGCGGCGUCUUUGUAAACGUCUGUCAGAGAGAGAGAACCGCUGUUAUUCUGACGCACACUUUUCGGGGUCCUGUUUUAUUUUGGUUUAUCAGACGCCCAUAUUUGGUCGUGUCCUGUACGUUAAAGGGCUGUAAAUCGCUGAGUAAAGAGCAAAAGCACCGCAUCCAGAAACAACUUCCCUCCCUCUCUGUAGUCGUGUUUCAGCCUCAAGCCCCGCCCUCAAGCCCCGCCCUCAGGGAAAGUCACCACGGCGAUGCUCUCAUCACAACACUGUGCUGAAGUUACAGGGUCGCGCCUCACUGAUCUCAUUAACAUAAACGUUCAAAUAAACAUAAACACCGGGCUUAUGUAGAUAGGCACUAUUCUGUAUUUUUUCCCGUUCUUUCGUUGUCUCUCCAUCCUUCUUUUCAUUCAUUCAUUCUUUCUUUCAGUUCAGUGUGUGCUGAUUAUCAGUUCCACAGUGUACUGCGAUAAUUAAAACACGAUAUUCAAGCUAGCAUGGAAACUCUGAUGUGAUGGAGAGGCGCUCCUAACCCUGUCCUGGUCACUUUAUUAUUAUUAUUAUUAUUAUUAUUAUUAUUAUUAUUAUUAUUAUUUUCUUAUCGUGAGCUGAAUUACUGACACGCCCGUAUCAGUUCGCUCUGUAAAACCCACCUGUUCUCAGGACGGUGGUUUGAGUACAGGUUUAAAUGAGUGUGAAACAGUUGAUCUCUCUGCGCUGUGGAGUGUGAUGUAAUUUAUAAUGUACAUAAAACAGGAGAUGUAUUGACAGACAUUGAUAUUGCACAACUGACGGCUUGAAAAAAGGAGAGAAAAAGAUGUAAAAUACUGUUAUUGCUUUUUUUUUUUCUUUGUUGAACGAGUGUUUCUGACCAGUCCUGUUUUUCCUUUCUGACUGUCGAGUGUGCAUGAGACGAGACGAUACGAUAUGAGACGAACUCUUCCUUUCAGAUUUCUAAACGAUCGCACAUGCGCUCAGAAAUCUCCGUGUUUAUGUAUAAUGCACAUAAUAUCCAGCUUCGGCAUUUAAACAUCUAAUGUGUGAGAUAAAUAUUUGCGUUAAAAAGAAACCCAAGCGCUUUAAAGUAGACGUGUGCUGAAAAUCAACUCAUCAGGAUGACGGGAUUCACCGGGAUGGAGGUUGGAAUUUUUCCCAUUCCCAGUUUAUCCCAUUCAGGAGGAGCGCAGCAUGCGUACUUCUCGGAAAGAGCAAUCCCAUGAUGCAAUUCACUGACAAACGUAAACUUUUUUUCCGAAUAAAAGGCGACGUUGUGCAGCAGACACUGAUAUCACUGACAUGGUUUUCUGUAAUCUAUGUAACAUUUAAGGAAGGAGUCUCCAGUGUCAGACUGUUUAUAGCUGCUAUAACGUAAGUGAGAACCCACCUUCCACAACAUUAGAUGUAACUAUAAACAGAUAAAAAGUACGUCGUUCUAUAAUUCAUAGCAGCUUGUAAUGGGUGUUAAGUUGCUGUGGUGUAAGAGGAAUAAAACACUUAGGGGUGUGCUGUUCGAGGAAAACAAUCAGCUUUGAGGAGGUAACAGUGACCCCGCUUCAUCACACCACACCGUCGUUGAUUAUUUUCCUGGAACAGAACCACACACACUGUUUUAUUCCUUCAUUUAUACCAAGGAUGAUGCUGAUAAACUCAGAUAUCGGCACAGGUCUAGUUUAAAGCUGCAGCGUCACUUUAAGGCUAUAGAGUGUAAAUUAUUAUUAAUUAUUAAGCUUUAAGAAAAAUACCAUAUUAAAUUCCAGUCUUUUUAUUUCUGCACGUUUUAGUGUCAUGUUUUGUUGUUGUUUUUUUUUCGUUUUUAAUACACCUCCUCGGGUGUUACAGCAGGAAACCCAAUAAUCUACUCUGUUGUUUUGACUCGGAGGGACGAGAGCGAGCGUCUUCACCGACUCGGAUCUGAGAUGCAAUAAGUCGAGUCCUGGAUGUUGAGUAACGAUGCUGAUGAUUCCUGGCUGAAAAUUCUCUCCAGUGCGGGUGGAAGUGCGCUUCGUUUAACUUGCAAAAUGUUGCUUCUUCACUGUUUUGUUCAAUUUUGCAAAAAACAAACAAACAAAAAAAACAAGUUCAUGUUUGAAGAAAUCAAUAAUUUCCUGUUUACUCCGUACUGUUACUGUUUGUGUUCAACUUUGUGCCGUAACUGAAGAGUGUAAAUGUGGGUGUGUCUGGGUGUGUGUCUGGGUGUGUGUCUGGGUGUUUAUAUGUGUCUGGGUGUGUGUCUGGGUGUGUGUCUGGGUGUGUGUCUGGGGGUGUGUUUGGGGGUGUGUUUGGGUGUCUGGGUGUGUGUCUGGGUGUGUGUCUGGGUGUGUGUUUGGGUGUGUGGCGUAUUUCAUUGCACCUUUUUUUUCUGGUUGAAUUUUUAAAAACAAAUUGCCUGCGAUUGAGAGCUGAACCCAAUACAUUUGCGAAACGCA